AAAAAAGAAAUCAAAAAACGAAAAGACCCUCUGAAAAUGAAAGCGUUAACCCAAAAACCCCAACUUUGAAGAACCUCAGUGACACUGUUACAGAAGAGAGCCGGGAAAAGAGAGAAGAGGGAAAACAAUGUCGGGCUUCCCAUUCGGAUCCUCCUCCUCCGCUUCUUCUCAGUUUACGCCUUUCAUCAAACCUCCUGUCUUUUACCCCGCCACAUCAACCGGGUUCUCAUGGUCGUCCGCCCCAGCUUUCGGGUCCUCUAGCCCUAGCUCCGCCGUGGCCCAUUCUUUCGGAUUCAGGUCCUCAGCAGCGACCUCCGCUCCAUCAUCCUGGUUUGGCUCCUCUCCUUCAACUGUAUCGGCAUCAAGUUCACCCCUGAUUGGCUCCGCUUCCGCUUCUGCUUCAUCUCUGUUUAGCUCAACUUUCAGCGCACCCUCUCCCCUGUUUGGCUCAUCUUCCACAGUUUCUUCAACACCCUUGUUCAGCUCUACUUCGUCGUCUUCAGCUUCAACCACACCCUCUUCCCUGUUUCGCUCAUCUUCCACAGUUUCUUCAACACCCUUGUUCAGCUCUGCUUCGUCGUCUUCAGCUUCAACCACACCCUCUUCCCUGUUUGGCUCAUCUUCCACAGUUUCUUCAACACCCUUGUUCAGCUCUUCUUCGUCGUCUUCAGCUUCAACCACACCCUCAUUCCCAAGCUUCUCGUUCCCAACAGCCUCGCCUCUUUCAAAGCCAACAACAACGUCAACACCCAUCACUCCUACUCCAUCAGCAACGGCUUCAAGCUUCUCGUGCGCACCAUCCACUUCCUCUGGUUCACAACCCUCUUUCGUAUUCUCCGAUACCGCCUCAUCACCCGCCCCCAUUUCCUUCGCAAAACCCACCUCACUGUCCUUCUCAACUCGUUUUGCUCCAUUGUUUUCUACAGUCUCCACCACAAGCGCUUCUUCGACUCCAACUGCUACCACCACAACCCAAGUCUUUUUGUCUUUGCCGGCUUUUGGUACGCCUCCUACUACUUCUGCAGUUUCCAGUACUGUUGCAAAGGCUUCAAUGGCAGCGCCUGCCAACUCAGCUGCUCCGUCCGGCACAUCGGGUUUAACAGGGUUUGGAGUGUCCUCCGCAGCUGCUUCUUCUACUGGCUUUUCCUUGCUGACAAAAGGGUCGACGCCUGCUUCCUCAUCACAAGCGCAACCAAGCACCACUGUGCCUGUCUUUGGUGUUACUACUGCAGCACCUGUAGUUGCAACGACAACAACUCAGACAUCAACGUCACCUGUUGAGGCUUCAACUAGUGGGACAACUUCAACCGUCAGCACUACAAUAUCUACUGCACCAAAAUUACCUUCUGAGAUCACAGGGAAGACUGUGGAGGAGGCUCCCCCUACUUCUUUCAAGCAUGAAACUUCAUAUCCUAUUACCACAUCUGGUCCUUCAGCUACAUCGGAUUGUUCCAAACUUGUGGAGCAAUCUACACUUGCCGCUGAGGUCCAGAUUUCUACUGCCAUCUCUCCAGUACUACAACCCUCAAGUCUGGAUUUUGAUGCUCUAGAUCUGGAGGCUCAAUUGGCAUUAAUAUGUGGAGGCUCUUCUAGUUCUGGCUUUACUCCCAGCGACAAGGCUCAACAAGCCAUUUCUAGGAUCAACCUCUGGCAAGCUAAGGAUUUCGCUGUGGAAGAGGGCCAUCAAUCUGUGGGGGAACUCAUUAAUAAUUUACAAAUUUUGGCUGAAGAGAAUCUCAUCCCCAAGUCUAUUUUCAGUUCUGGAGUCACUUCAGCUCAAGAGUUUCAACAUGCUGCAGACUUGUGGGGAACAAUUCACACUUCCUUCGAGCAAGCUAUCACCUGUAGAGAUGUCUGUCAAAGAUCUACUGAAAAUUUAGAGAAAAGUAGAUCCCAAUGCUCUGCUCAGGACUUAGAAUUGCAGAAUCUCAAAGUUGAAGCUCAAGGGGUAGAAGCCGAGAUUGCCAAAUUGCAGACACAACUCAAGGCCAUCAAGACUAAGGAAAAGGAAGUACGAAUUAAGUUGCAACUUAACCUUAGAGAUGCCUGGGAGUUGCAAAAACAAAUCACCACUGCCCAACCUGGAUUGGAGGAGUCUCACGCAUUAAUUCUGAGAGGAUCAAAAUUGAGAGCAGACAUGGAUGCCAAGUUUGGAGUUUUGAAAGUUAUUUUAACCAGUAUUGUACUAUAACUUUGAUGAUCAAAUGAAAUAUCAGAGUCUGUCCUU